AUGAAUAAUGAUGCGGGCGCCACGAACACCGGCCAGCCUCACCCACGACUCUAUCUUGAUACAGUCGUUUACGAGGUGAAUGAUACUCUCUUUCGUGUGCCUCCGCGGUACUUCGACGAAAAGUCGGCCCCAUUGAGCCCAUUGAGAGCAGCAGCACAGAUAUCUAUCGGUCGUGAAGGAGGUGAAGGAUCAUCGGAUGAGAAUCCCAUAUCACUCCCAUUACCUGACUACGCGACGGCCGAUGAUUUUACGCUUGUACUCAAAGUCGUCAUUGCCCUUGACAUUGAUCUACCACCGCCCAUGACUUAUACCGUUGACCAAUGGCUCACCGUUUGCAAACUUUCCACCUUUUGGAUGCUUUCCGAUAUUCGUGCCUUGGCUAUCCAACGUAUAUCUCAGGCCAAUUAUGAUCUACCGACAGCGCUACCGCAAUGGAUACGCUUUCUUGAAUUCUGUAGAAACAAUGACGACUUCUCCGAUUUCCGGGAUGACCUCAUUCGCCACAUAGAUCGCUACCCAUUUACGGUCGCCGAAUGGAUGCCUCUCCUCGAGUUUACUUUGGAUGAACACGAGAAUUCAAACAUUCGAACCACAGUCAUAUCGAGGAUAUCAGAAGUCCCGCCCCCAUACACAAUCGAACAAUGGAUUCCAGUCUUGGAAUUCACUAUGAAAGAGCCCGGUUUCUCUAGCCUCAAAGAGAUCGCCAUCUCGCACUUAUCGGGCCUGAUGGAAGGACAUGAUAUGACGAAAGUCAAGCUUGGUCAGAAGUACCACGUUGAAAAAUGGUUUUUUGGGGGGCUCACGGUUUUAGCCAAUCAAAAACGCUUAUCAUCCUUGGAAGAAGUAGAAGGUCUCGGUUCAAAAAUUGCUUUGCGCCUGCUGUGGUUGAGAGAUUCUUCCCGCACCGGCGUGAAAGGAAGAAUAUCCAUACGCCAGUCUCAGAUUGAAGGUCAAUUUCGGGAAGAGUUUCUGUCGAACUGA